UGGGUUGAGUGCGUGUGCGAGUGUCAAAUAAAAAAUCGUCUGCCAUCAAUAUUGUUGUGAGCGUGCGAUAAGAAAUGUCAACAUAUUUCAUCCGUUUUCUUGUAGUCUAGUGUUAAAUACGUUCAUUUUUUUCAUCAGUAUGGUUGUUAUAUUUCCGGAUAAAUACAUUCAUAAUUAUCGAUUUUUUCAUCGAGUGAUCGAAAAUACUUUAUGUGAUCGCGAAUAAGUAAUUUUUAAUGAGAAAAUAUAUUGUAAAAGUGUCUUGAGCUGUAAAUAUAUAGAUCUACAAUAAUGAAUAAGACGCAAGCUGGCAACGAAAAAAGAAUGUCACAGCUUCCUGGCUGGCUAUGGCCAAAUUCCAAUGUUUUAUCUCCUCUUUACAAGAGAAUUUGGGAAGCUGUCAAAGAAGAUAGAUGUAAACCUGGUUCUAUGCAUGGGGAACUUUUAGUUGAUACAAAUAAAAUCUUUCCACUACUGUUAACAAGUCAAUUACCUACAGAAGUUCUGGGUUACAUUUGGAGUUUAGCCAAUCAAAAAUAUGCUGGACAAUUGACAGAACAAGAAUUAUACAUUGUUCUUGCCUUAGUAGCUCUUGCUCAAGCCUCUUACCCAUUUAACAGUUUAGAAGUCCUGUAUUAUAUUCGAAUACCACCCACUCCAAAUUUAAAUUUAGCAUUAAUAGAUGCAACAGUAGUAAAAAAUGAACCGAAAGUCCAUGUUCCAUCUUUUGAACCUCCAUCUAUGAAUGCAACACUUACAAAUAAGAAGCAUGGAAAUUCCACAAAAUUAACAAAUAAAACAGUAACUCCAUCUGCAAUUGUUGAUGGCUCUCUCUAUAAUCAUAAUUGUAGUGAUUCAAGAGAAGUCAAAUUUUCUUCUGAUCAUUAUUCAUCAUACUCCAAUUCGAAUACAAUUUAUGUUGAUGAAAGGCCCAAUUUUUAUAGUCAAUCUGAUAUAAAGUAUCAAUCUUCAUCUUAUUCUUCAGAUUCAAAUGAUGAUUUUAGUGAUUUCCAAAGUGCUCCAAUUAGCAAUAUUUCUAGUAUUCCAAGUUUAUGGGAUUCGAAACAAGGCUCCGCAAUUGGAAGUCGUUUAGCUAAUCAUAAUCUUGGUAUUAAAAAAGUAAAUGACAAAGUGAAAAAGACUGGUAUAAGUAAAAAUAGUAAUAGUUAUAAUAAUAAUCAGACUGCUAGUACAACUUCUAAUUUUACAUCACACAAAGACACACAAUCGAACGAGCGUUUAUCGGAAAUUUUUCCGAAAUGUACUAUAAAAAAUCAGUCUAAAACUGUUAUACUCAAAGAUACUGCUAUUAGAAAUGAUUCAAUUGAAAUUAUCCAAACAAUUACAAAAGAAUUUUCAAGUAGCACAGAAAAAUCUGCUGUAAAUAAAAUUAGUCCUCUACAAAAACCAAUGCAAAUGCAAAAUGUUGAUCAACUUUUUGUGACACAAAUUAAAGAUACAAAUGAAGAUGUGAUGCAAACAGAUUUGAUGAAUCUCCAGACAACAGAAGACAAGUACAGUGCACUCAGAGCAUUGGUUGAGGAAUCUUCCAUUAAACUUAGUACAGAACCAAAUCUAGAUUCAUUAGAUGUUUCUGAAAGUUUGAAUCAAACAGCUGAUGAGUUUGGAGAUUUUGUUUCUGCAGAGCAACCGGAGCCUGAACCAACAAUUUCUGUUCCAUUUACUGACCCAUCAAUCUCUGAUAUCACUUCUAAUACCAUUGAUUUAUUGUGUGAUUUUGAUUUCAAUACAGAGAGCAUCAUUGGCUCAAAUAGCAAAUCUAGUCCUUCUUUAAUUCAAGAGAUUUCAGAUGCGUUUAAUGCUCUUGCCUUUGAAGAAAGUGUAGAUUGUCAAACUGAAGAAAAGUUUGAAGUAGUGAUUGAAACAGAAAAACCCAUACAAAGAGAAGAUACCUUGUCAGUUAAUAGUAUGGAAUUGGCAGCACCAGGAGUCAUAACUCGUUCUGGGUCUGUACCAAGUUUAGAUUUAAAGUCAUUUUUACCUUCUAGUCAAGAAGAUGAACAACAAAUUGAGAAUAUGCAUCAAAUGAUCUAUUGGGAAUGGAAACAGUACAUGGAAAGCUGUGUUUUGUUAUUGCAAGUUGCUGCAAAUAUAUUUACAAGUAUAACAUCUGAAAUAGUUUUGCGAGAAGUAUUAGCCUCAGCACAAGGAUACAAUUUCCUCUGCAAUUUAGCGGAAGUAGCAGCUGUUUGUAGAAGAGUAAAUUAUUCACACAAAGAAAUGGAUAUCAAUAUAAUGGGCUUUGAUGACUUGUUGAUGGACAUUGAUAGAAUUUGGUCAGAAAUGGAACCAUUUUACACAAAUAUUCCAAUUGUUACAGAGUUACCAACUUGGCCUUUACACCAAGGUGAUGGAGUAACUUGUGCAUUAUGCUUAACAGUGAUAACUAGUGGACGAAUCAUUUGUAAUGAUCACAACUACCAUGCUACUUGUGCCAAUUUAUGGCUUCAUACUGUUAGCAGUAAUUUACCUGCACUUCGUUAUCCAAUAUCAUUUUUGCAAUCUAGCCUUGCUACAAAUACUCAUAAUUCUUGAUUUUUUUAUUUCACUAUAUAAACUGAA